AUGGCGACGAUCAUGGGCCUAACGCUGCCCCCAUUCCCGCACACACUAGGCGAGCUGCUCGCCCUCCCCCCGGGGGUGUGGACGCCGCUCCCCAUCCUCGCCGCCCUGGUGGGCACGUACGUGCUCGCCGCGCGCCGCUUCGACACGGACCGCGCGCGCGCGUACAUCCUCUCUGCGAUCUCGGCGGCCGUCCUCAGCGCGACGAGCUUGCCGUUCGUGUACAUCUGGCUCACGGGCGGCUUUGAGGCCGCGUGGCGCGCCGGACAGACGGGCUGGACGGCGACCAUGGCCCAGUAUGUCAUUGCGUUCUUCGGGACGUACCUCUUUGUCGGAUACGUCGCAUACCGCUCCCAGGUCGGCCUGCUCACCGGCUGGAUCCACCACACGGUCUACAUGGGCCUCAUGGUCCACCUGGCGGUCGGCGACCAGGCGCCCAUCUUCAUGACGGGCGCGAUUAUGGAGCUGCCGACGCUCGACCUCGCCCUGUCAAACAUGUACCCCUCUGUGCGGUCGGACGAGCGCUUCCUCGGGCUCAUGGUCGCCUUCCGCAUCGUGCUCAACUUUACGCUGCUGGUCGAGACGCUGCGCCCGGCCAACCGCGCGCUCAUGUCCUACUCGCUCGUGCCGAGCGUGAUGCUCGCGCUCGCGCUGGCCAUGCACGCGUCGUGGCUGCACGGCGGCAUUACGGGCUACCUCAAGCGGAGGAAGCGCGCGGCCGCCAAGGCGGCCGAGGAGAAGGCGGCACGCGCAGCGGCCGAGGAGGAGGACGGCGGCGUGUCGACCCCCGACGAGUCGCCCCUCGUCACCCCCUUCACGCCGUCCCAGCCGAGCAUCACGAUCCGCGACGGCAUCUUCCAGAACGCGGCCUUCGCCAACCUCCCCAUCCCCAACAUCCCCGCGCUCAAGGGCCUGUCCGAGGCGCUCCCGCAGGCCAAGGCGAGCCUGAGCGACCUCCAGUUUGGGAUCAAGGAGGCGUACAAGGGUGGCCGGGAGCGGUUGCGCCUGCGUCGCAGGAACGCCGCCGAGGUCGUCGAGCAGGUCGGCGUGGCGGCGUAG